AUGAUGAAAGAUGGAAAUAGUGUCGUCAAAUCCAACAAGGAGAUCAUUUUUGGAUCGGCAUUAGUAUUAUUAAUAUUGGCCCAUGCCGGCAUCUUGGUUCAAGGCUUUCAGUUUUCUUCUACAACGAUACAACAUCAGUCUCAUCGGAUACAAAACAACCAUCACCAUCACCUGCAGCCACAAUCAUUCCCACCAACUAGGUUGUUUGGGUCUCAUUUUUUACAGCCGAAACAUGCGUCAUCAUACCUGUCAUCAUCGGUGUCCUUGCCCAUGUCUGAUUCCGAUGACAUUGAUGAAAAAGAAAGUAACAAUGAUGACACCAAAAUGCCACAAAAAUACAACGUUUCCUUAUUGUUGAUUGAUCAUUACGAUUCCUUCACCUACAAUUUGUACGACAUGUUGGCCCAAUGGACGUUGGAACCACCAGUAGUGGUCACCAAAGAUGCCUUUGAACGAUGGGACGAAGCAAACUUCCAUGGCAUUGAUGGAAUCAUAUUGAGUCCAGGUCCGGGAAGUCCGCAAGAACAACCGGCAUUUUCCAAACAAGCCAUUCGAUGCAAUCCUAACAAGCCGAUAUUGGGAGUCUGUCUCGGACAUCAGUUGUUGGCAUUGGAGUAUGGGGCCAAUGUCGACAAGGCUCCCAUACCCAUUCAUGGACAGGAUCAUUGGAUUCGAACAAGUACAGUGGAUGCAACCAACACUACCACCACCACCAACAACAACAACAACAAGAAUCAGUUCCCAUCCAUCUUUGACCGUUUGCCCCCUAGUUUUCGAGCGGUCCGGUACCACAGUCUGGCGGCCUAUGAUGUGCCAAACGUCCUCCAAGUGACCGCCACGUCGGCGGACGACAAUGUCAUUCAGGGAUUGCAGCACAUUCAAAAUCCACAUUAUGGGGUACAAUUUCAUCCCGAAAGCAUCGGAACCCAACAUGGGAUGGACAUUUUGAAAAACUUUUUGCAUUUGACACAACAAGUCAAACAACAACGAAACCAAGAAGAAGAAUCAUCAUUAUCAAAGGCGAAGGAAGAUGGUAACAAUACUCGAUCUUUGUUGUCGUCCUCCAAGUCAAGAAACAAAGUCAAUAGUGGUGAUGAAUCAUCAUCAUCAUCAUCCACAAGCACUACAACUGACAACUCGUCUUCGUCGUCCAAAAAGUCAAAGUUCCGAGUUUACGUUCAUGUUGUCGAAGCAUCAUCAUUGAACAAAGAUGGUGAUGAAAAGGAAGAAUUUUCAAAAGUAGUAGUGUCAACCAUCAUGGAACCUGUCGAUGCCUUUGAAAUCUUCUAUGGUGAUCAGCCACGAGCCAUUUGGUUGGAUAGUUCAUCUGCCUCGUCCUCUGGCCGUGGGACCAUUGACAUUAUGGCGGCACCCACGCAUUCCCACGAUGUCAUCGAACAUUACGUCAAUGACGACCAGGGUGACAUUAUGAAACAAUUGGAAGACCGACUCUUUGGAGAUGGUCCAAUAAAUUCCAACGCCAAGAAUGCAAGGGACCAACGAUUGUACAUUGUCGAUUCUGAUUUUGAAACCAUUCAGGAUUGUGCGGACGAUCUGCGAGACAUGCCCGAUCCAAACUUAUCUUCUGACAAUAGUCCAGGAGAGGCAAUCGAGCCCCUUCCAUUUGAGUACCGGGGUGGAUAUUUGGGAUUCUUGGGCUACGAGGUACGACACGAAACACAGCGCAUGUUGCAGCAGCCACAAGACGGCAGAGUGGAGAAGGGGAAAACAUAUGCAAAGUCAAACGAUAGCGACGGACCAAAAUCUUCCGUUCCAGACUCGGUAUUCUUUCUGGCCCGAAAAAGCAUGGUGUAUCACCAUCCAACCAAGGCAUGGUACCUUAUUGCACUUGUCGAAGAAGAAGCGGAAGUUGCUAAUUCAGUGGAAUGGAUGCAACAAACCGCAAGUGUGCUACAGAGAAAUGACCAACACAAGAAGACACCACAAAGAAUAGGAGCUGAUGGUACCCAAUCCAAACAACAGCCACUCACGUUUGUACCGAAUCGAUCGAAAGCGAGGUACCAACAAGAUAUUGCAGACUGUCACGAGUUCAUUCGAAUGGGUGAAUCCUACGAGCUCUGCCUUACCAAUCAACUCGAAGCUAAAGUCCCACAGCCCCUUUCGACUUGGAACCUGUAUCAAACACUUCGGCUUCGCAACCCUGCUCCAUACUCUGCAUAUUUUCGAUGGAAUAUUGAAAACGAGGCAAGCGGUGGUGCUACAACACCAGAACCGUCCUUUGCGAUUUGCUGUUCCUCUCCAGAACGAUUCAUGAGUGUCAAACGAGCCAAGCAGCAUCCUUUGGGGCCCAUCUCGUUGGUUGCGGAAGCAAAACCCAUCAAGGGCACUUGUGCACGGGUGGAGCCACAAAAUGGCAUGUGUUUGAGUGAUUCUGAGAGUCGAGAAGAUGAAAGAAGGGCACGAUCCUUGGAGCUUUCACUCAAAAACCGAGCCGAGAACUUGAUGAUUGUCGACCUCCUGCGCAAUGAUAUGAGCCGUGUCUGCCAAAUUGGUUCUGUUCAUGUGGCAAAGCUAAUGGCCAUUGAAUCCUUUGCAACCGUGCACCAGAUGGUAUCGACUAUCCGAGGAACUCUUUCGGAAUCGGAAAACACUCUGGAUCUUCUGAGAGCGUCAUUUCCUGGUGGAUCAAUGACAGGUGCACCAAAAAUGCGGACGUUGGAGCUGCUGGAAGAACUGGAAGAUGAUGUUGAUCGAGGGCCAUAUGCUGGUUCGCUUGGUUAUCUUAGUGUCAAUGGUUGCAUGGAUAUGAAUAUCAUUAUCCGAUCCGCAGUUGUGACUCCGAACGAGAAUGGAGGCAGAAAAGUUACAAUCGGAGCCGGGGGCGCGAUCACUGCACUUAGCGAGAUGGAAGACGAAUACGAAGAAAUGUUGUUGAAAGCUCGCGCUGUUGUUGAGGCUGUGCAAACGUGGGCCACCGCAAGAGUCGAUAAUCACACUUUCCGAGAGACGGAGGUGGAAAAGAGUGUAAAGGUGUGA